UUCAAGGGGCAAGAAGGCCGAUUCCUCGCCUUAUUCGAUAGUAUCGGUAGCGCCAAAAUCAAAAGCCACCCCAGUUCGUUUAUUUCAGUUUAUUUCGGGAAAUCGUGCGGAUCGGACGUCUGGAGCUCUGCUGGGCAACCAAGUGACUAGUGAAUGGCCAGUACCAGUGACCAAAAGGUGACUAGUGAACAUUGAAAAGGUUUUUACGUGAAAACUGGAGUUUUGAAUCAACAUCCCGAAUGCUACAUCCCUAUAUUUGUGAAUUUUAAAGGAUCAUAGGUCACGGAAGCUAGGAUUAACGGUACUUCUGACAGAGUGUGUGUGUGUGUGUGCGUUGCUGGGCGCGAGUGUGUGUGCAUUGUGACCGGUCAACAUAAAUUAAAUAAAAAUCUAAAUAAAUAAAUAAAGUGCAUUGGUGCGACAUACAAACAUGGCAUUUUUCGAAACACUUUCGUAAUGCUUCAACUAAUCUUAAACGAAAGAUGAUCGAAAACAGCUGAUAAACAGCCCUCGAGAAUACUAAAACAAAACAAACAGUGCUCUAGUGUUUUCUUAACAAUUAAUUAGCCUCUGAAUCGCUCAUUUAUCCAGGAGCCUAAGUAAACAUCGUUAAUAAGAGCGGAUCUUAAUAGGGGACCUUAGACCCCGAAAAAGUCACAGUAUCCAAAAUACCCGAAGGGGAGCAGGAGCAAAACGUUGAAAUAAAACCGAAACAGAAACCAGCAAUCAACAUGUUUGGCCAUCUCAAUUUGCUGGCCGCUCUGUUUUUCAUCGGCACACUGAAAGAUUUCAACGUUGAUGGCCUGAAAUUGACCGAGAUUCGCAUUCCGCAAUACGUGGUUAAGGGCUCCGCGACGCAGCUGGAGUGCCUGUACGAUCUGGAUGGCGAGGCCCUCUACUCGGUGAAAUGGUACAAGGAUGGCAACGAGUUCUACCGCUAUGUGCCCAGGGAUAUGCCGCCCGCGCAGACCUUCCUGCUGCCAGGUGUUAACGUUGAUUUGCACAACUCGAGCGACGCGAUUGUUACUCUGCGCAACGUCAAUCUGCUGUCGACGGGCCGCUUCCGGUGCGAGGUUUCUGGCGAGGCGCCCUCCUUCCAGACGGUCACUGAACAUGGCGACAUGGUUGUUGUGUCUUUGCCGGACCAAGGACCCCCGAAAAUCAGUGGUGGUCGUCCGCGUUACCAGAUUGGGGAUUAUGUGCGUAUCAAUUGCACUGCCGGACGCUCGAAGCCUGCCGUGGAGUUGAGUUGGAAGGUGAACGAGGAGCCCGUAGAUCCGCAGACCCUGCGCAAGUAUGACACCAUUGUAUCGGGACGGGACGGUCUGGAGACCUCUGUCCUGGGACUCCAGUUUCGGGUGGAGCAGAGGCACUUUCGCAACGGCGACAUGAAACUGAAGUGCAUCGCCUCGUUGUCGACGUUAUACUGGCGGAGCAACGAGGAGUCCGUGGAGGGCGACCGCCCGCAGAAGGCGCCGGUGCUCGAGUCGAGGGAAACGGUCUAUGCCAGCAACUCACGCGCCGAUCCCGUCCAAGGUACGUCCUAUCGGGAAAUUUUUGUGACCAAAAUCUUAUCGUUUUUGUUCGUCCAUCCCAAUGCAGCCAGCUCCGCGGCCCCGCCAUUUGCGGUUCCGGCGCCGCUUGUCCUGCCCCUGGUUCUGCUGGCGGUGGCGGUGGCAACCCUGGCGAGCAGAACGGAUAUACACGAGCUAUCGAUAGAUGGGAGGGCAGGGUCGAGUGAGUUGCUGGCCGGCCGGCAGGAAGAGAAGGAGGAGGAGAAGGAGGAAAUCGGGAUGGAGGAGAAGAGCUGCCCAAUAGCUCACGGAAAAUCCGCGACGCAGCAGGGAAAAAUCACAAUGGCUGCGCGGUAGCUGCAUUAAGCCGCACGUGGCACUUUCCCUCCACAGUACACACUUUUCACCGAUUUUUCCGUCUUCGCUUUGCAUACAAAAACACAUCAAAACCAACACACUGGAAAUCAAAAACAGGAAACAACAAAAUUAAAAAAAAAAAACAAGUUAUGC